GAUGGACGGCGUGGACUAAAUGGGAGACAAGAGUUCUCGUUCAGUAAAGAGUGACGAGGAGAUCCUCACGUCCGGUUCCUGAGGGGAGCUUGGAGACUCCGGCCAAGUCCCAAGUUAGAAAGAAGAGGAUAACAUCGGAUUUUCAUCAACAGAAUAAAAUAUAAAAGUAAAAAAGGAUCCUCUAUUUCUGAAAUCUCGAAGUGUGUCACAAAAAAAUCGGCAUAGAUACCAAGUGCGUAACCUUCUCCCUGAAAGAUUUAGAUGAACAGCGAAAAACUUUCAUUGGUUAAUUUCACAUGUCAUCCGAAAGUGUGAUAGUUACCGUUCGGCUUAUUCGCUCUUUUGAGCAUCGUAAUUUCAGACCUGUUUUGUACCGUAAUGUUAACCUGGACCAGACUAUAAAAGAAUUUAUUGAGUUUGUGAAGAAGGAUAUCACAUCGAGGACAGAACUUUUGCCGCCUUUCAGAAAAUAUACGUAUGACACAAUGAAGAUUAUCCAUCAAGCGCAUGGCUCCAAGACCAACGAACUUGUUCUGAGUUUAGAGGAUGAUGACAAACUCAUUUUGGCGGAAGACAGCACCUUAAAAGCAGCUGGAGUAGCGAAUGAAACAGAGCUGGCAUUUUUCUGCAUGGACGAUUACAGAAACUAUAAAACCAAUCCUGUUACUACCUGGUGAAGACCAAGAAAAUUGAAGGGAAAAAAAAUUCUCUACUGUUAAUGAGAAGGGUUAUCCUGAAAUCCUAAAAAUGUAUGUUAACAAGCAUUGAGACUUUUAUUUACAGCAAUGCAAGACCCAUUGCAGAGCUACAAACAAUGACAUUGCUUUCCGACAAGGCUAAUUUCACUUCUUGAAUUGUGUGGUUUUGGUUUUUUUUAUAAUAAACAUACGUCGAUGCCUUCUCUGUAUGGCUUGCAAAUAGGAAUUCGAAUGUAGAUUGACACAGUCAUUUUUGCCAAAAUGAAGAUGUAUCAGCUUCAGAAAAGAACCAAGCAUUAAAAAAAAAAAAAACUCUGGACAAUCUUACCACACUGGAGCUUUUGUUUAGAAUCCUUUGCAUUUCUUCCCUUGUCUCUCCACAGCUUUUUCUUCAAGAUGAAGGAACUGUGAGAAAUGCCUUUGACAGAUCCAUGAGGGUAAAUGCUGGGCUUGUUUCAGGGUUUAUGCUGCUUUUAAUAAAUCAGGCAGAGUGCCAAAGAGGUGUUUAUAUAGUGCUAAACCUGUAAAAAGGAGAAAAAUAGCUAAAAAAAUGUCAUUUGCAAAGUGGGCAUCUAAUAGUUUCUAAUCACCAAGUAACUUCUCCCAUUUUCUUUGAUUUCUCGCUGGGUAAAACUUUCUUCGGUGUAGCCAUAACUAUCUAGUUCCCAUCACAGUCAGAGUUGGCCACUGUGAUUUAUGAGAUAUGGUCACUGUGGUAUGAUAACUAUGAUGAGAUUUGGUAUCAGAAUGCAUCUGUCUUAUUAACGGAGUCCUUUGCAGUAACUUUUCUGUACCAAUAUGGUCAAGAAUGACAAGCUUGUCAUCUCUGCUGCUCUUCUUUUAAGGAUAUAACAAUGGUUUGGAUUAUGUUCAGACCGGGACAAAAUUCCUUUCAUUAUGAAAAGAUACUGCCUCUAACGCGUUAACUUCCUUUGGAAGGUGGGUUGCAUCACUUCACUUUCUGCCUGAUGGUUUAGUUGUGCUGGCCUGCGUUGAAAAACAUUAGGAAUCAACUCAAAGGGAAGUGUUAAUAUUGCUGUUUCAUAAAGAGCACGGGGUUAUUCCCAGGGCUGAACGGUGGGGCAAAUUAUGGUCUUGUUAAUGAUGUUUCCGUAUUAUGAAUCUCCAAGUAGUAUUUAGUGUAUUUUUAAUAGCUCUCUUUUAAUUGGUCUCAACAGAUGGCAACACCUGGCUGACACUGACUUGGCUUGGAAGCUAAGUAAGGUUGGUGUGGGGUAGUGCUUCUGCAGAACAGAGGCUGAAGGCUAGAUGGGAAGCAAGGGGGAACAUUCCAGAAAGGAGGCAGUGCAAACCACUUCUAUAUUGCUGCAUGGUAAUGGCCAUGGAGUCCCCAAUGUUGGGCUUGACUGGAAAGAGACUGUCUUGUAAUCCUCCUGUGGUGCCCAGUUUUGCUUGUAGCAUAUACAGAGGGUCCUAGACCUACAACCACAAUUGAGCCUAAAAUUUCUGCUGCUAAGGGAGACAUUUGUUAAGUGAGUUUUGCUUCAUUUUACAAUCUUUCUUGCCAAGAAAUAUUAAAAAAUACAAUAAACACUACUUGGAGAUUCAUAAUAAACAUCAUUAACAAGACCAUAAUUUGCCCCACCGUUUGUUAAGUGAAUCACUGCAGUUAAGUUAAUAAGAGCCUUGGUAGUACAGUGGUCUAAGGCACCCUGUUAUUAAGCUGGUUAUUAAGACCAGCUGCCUGCAAUUACUGCAGGUUCGAAUCUCGCCAAGGCUCAAGGUUGACUCAGCCUUCCAUCCUUUCUAAGGUAGGUAAAUUGAGGACCCAGUUGUGGGGGCAAUAAGCUGACUUUGUAUAAAUAUACAAAAGAAUGAAGGCUAUUGCUUAGCGCAUUGUAAGCCGCCCUGAGUCUCUGGAGAACGGCGGCAUAUAAAUCAAAUUAAAAAAAAAAUAACACAGUUGUUAAAUGAAUGAUUUCUCCAUUGACUCUGCUUAUCAGAAGGAGGCAAAAGCUGUUCACAAGACCCCAGGACACUGCAACCAUCAUAAAAAUGAGUCAGUUGCCAAGCAUCUGAAUUUUAAUCACAUGACGAUGGGGAUGAUGCAACAGUAGUAUGAAAAAUGAUCAUAAGUUACUUUUUUCAGGGUCGUAACUUUGAACGGUCACUAAAACAAACUUGUAAGUGAAGGACUACCUGUACAUAAAGAAAAGAGGGAGAAAUACGCACUCAGACCAACUUUGGAGGGGAGGGAGCAAGGAUUGAUAUGGUCCGCUUCAUGCAAUUUUACUAAGCCAAAAUAAAACAAACCCCUUAUUCUGAUGUAGUAGCCACUUUAUACACCUUUUGAGAUAAGUAUGACUUCUUUAGGAUUUUAAAAAUUCUGUAUGCAAAAAAUGCUCAGUUUAGGCCCCUUGAUUAAAAGAACUUAAACAAAGAUAAGUGUUCAGUUGUGAGAUUUCUUUGGUGCAAAAUACACAUCUGAACUUGGCAACGAAUCAAGAAUGUUUGAGAUUUAGCAGUUAUUUGGAAGAGAAAGGAACCUUUUGUAUGUGAAUUUUUCGCUAGCAAAACCAUCCUGGUUUUGCAUUAUUACACUAUAGGAUUUCAGCAUUUUUGGAUAUAAAAAAGGUGAUUUUGUCUUUGUCACAUGAGAAAUAACUUUUCUUCCAGAGAAAUUGGAAUAUUUAAUUAAUCUUUGGCCAAGGUGGAAACUAAAUUGCUGGAUCCUAGAAUGAAUGCCAAAAUUAAAUUAAUUAGCUAUAAGAAUAAUGCUGCAAAGAAUCCAAUUAGCUGUAAUAAGAAGAAAAAUAAUCAAGAUAGUUGAAAAUAGGCCUACCAGAUCUGACUGCAAAAGCCAGGCUACCCCAGUAGAGCUAUAUAGAAAUUUCUAACUCUUUUCUGCCAUCUAGUAAGGAUUUUUGCAACCUAGCUAUACUGGGCCAAGUAUACACUGGAUUCAGUGACCCAAGCUUUUAAUUUGGUAUGAAUUUGUAGCUAGUACUGAAAAUAUGCCAACAAUGGGACAAAAAAUACUGGAAGGUUGCCUACCAUUUUUAGUAUUGGCCCUACAGGGAGUGUUUGGAGGAAAAAUUCACUCACUCUCUUUAGAUGGCUGAGGUUUUCCCCAAGGGCUGCUAUUCAGCAGGUUCUGACAGGUUCUGAAGAACCGGUAGCAGAAAAUUUGGGUAGUUCGGAGAACCGGCAAAUACCACCUCUGGCUGGCCCCCGAGUGGGGUGGGAAUGGAGAUUUUGCAGUAUCCUUCCCCUGCCACGUCCACCAAGCCACGCCCACAGAACCGGUAGUUAAAAAAAAUUGAAUUCCACUACUGUUCCCCCCCCCCUUUUUUUAUAUAUAUAAAAGAUAUUUUAAGUUUCAAUCUGGAUUAGAGGUUUAGUCUUCCGGGCUUUUGGACUCGUGCUGGAGCCCGUCCUUAGGGAACUUCUCUCCACUGGAAUAUGUGCUUUGGGCUAUUCUAUGCUUCAUGUUUUUGUGGUGCCUUCCUAUUGACUGGUGAGCUGAUGGCCUGUGAUUGGCUGUUGAUUUCUUGUGCUGCCAAGUCCUCGGCUCCUAAGUACUUGAUGAGCUGGUAGUCCUGUUGACUGACGAAGAGGCCCAUUUCUCAGGCUUCAAUCAUUUCCCUGGCUAUCUUUGUACCAGCACGGCCAACAAUCUUAGUAGCUGCGAAAUUGAAUGUAUGUCCUUGUUCAUUGCAAUAUGAGGCUACCAGUGAAUAUCUUCAUAAGAGCAGAUCUUCCCAGAUCUUUGAUUUCACAUGAUAUGGGAUCAACGCAGUCAAAUUCUGUUAAAAUUUAAUUGGAUAGAUUUGAAGUUUGUAGUUAACUGAAAGACGAUGCAGGCAACUUAUUUUAUUUUGCAGGACUAAUGUUCUCAAGUAUUCCGCAUCUCCUUGGAGUCACUCGGUUAUUACCAAGCACCUGGUUUAUUCACAACAGGCACUUCUACAAGAAACACAAGCUACCUUGAAAUAGCAGUGCAGUUUACACAAACGCUAGAACAAAGUACUGCAAUGGAUUUUGUCUUCAUCAAAAACCACAAGGUGUCAGCACAGCUUUUCUUUCAUGUAGGAGUGGGGAAAAGAAGUAGACGGUGUCUAGCAUGGUACCAAAGGUGGCUGAGGAAAAAAAAUGUAUGCUCUAUGCGUUUUUUUAACUUUAUGUAAUCCUGAAUUGCUACUAAUACAAAAAUGAAUGUAAAGCUGUGAAUAUCAUGUAGCACAGUUGUCUUUAUAUGGUGAUUGGAUGUGAACUUGAUUUCUUCAUAUGUUUAGUCAUGUCUUGUUUGCUACUAUAUUACCAUGUCAUCUUUAAAAACGUUUAAGGCUUAAUCUGCACAUUUUUCAAGGAGCAUGCCCUGGUACCAUUAUUUUGAAAAGGAAAAAAAAAAGAUUAGGUUGCAUGUCUGAUUUGAUUUCACUCCAAAAUUAAUUGGAGUGCUACUUUUGAAUAAAUGUGGUCAAUGUAAA